AUGUCACCUACUGGCACCACCGGUUUCAUUGGAGGUGAUGCAUUCUACGCAUUGCAUAAAGCGCAUCCUGAUUGGAAGUAUACCAUCCUUGUCCGUAGCGAGGAUAAGGGAAAGGAUGUGCAGAAGCAAUACCCUGAUGUAAAGCUGGCGAUUGGAUCCUUGGAUGACUCCAAGGUCAUUGAGAAGGCGGCUUCUGAGGCCGACAUAGUUGUUCAUACCGCUGAUAGUUCUGACCACCAAGGAGCUGCCAAAGCUAUCGCUGCCGGUCUGCGAUCUACCCACUCGAGCUCAAACCCCGGAUACUGGAUUCACAUCAGCGGUACAGGCAUUCUCUGCUGGUAUGACAUGGACAACAAGCGCUACGGAGAAGGUCCUCUUCCCGAACAAGCCUACAAUGAUCUCGAAGGAGUCGACAAGGUCACUUCUCUGCCUGACACCGCCUUCCACCGCGACGUCGACAAGAUUGUUCUCGACGAAGCUGCCAAGGAUCCCAGCGCAGUAAAGGUUGCUAUUGUCUGCCCUCCUACCAUCUACGGAACCGGCCGAGGACCCUCCAACCAGCGAAGCCGUCAAAUCCCAGGCUUGACCGAGACGACUCUCGAGAAAGGCUUUGGCCCCAUCAUCGGCGCUGGCGAGACAGAGUGGGACAAUGUACAUGUCCAUGAUCUCUCCAACCUCAUCGUUCUUCUCUCUGAGCGCGCUGCUUCGAACGAGAAACAUUCUGACGAGCAGGAAAUCUGGGGUCCAAAGGGUUAUUUCUUCGCUGAGAACGGAAAGCAUAAAUGGAGCCAGAUCUCUGCUCUCAUUGCCAAGGAGGCUAAGAAGCAGGGCGUUAUUGAAAGUGAUGAGACCAAGGUUCUCGAUGUUGAUGAGGCACAGAAGAAGUUGGGAUUCCAGGCUCUUUCGUGGGGGUUGAACAGUCGUGGUGAGGCUAAGAGGGCGAGGAAGUAUCUUGGUUGGAAGCCGGAGGGUGAGAGUUUGGAAGAGUGGAUUCCUGAGUCGGUGCAGAUUGAAGCGAAGCGAUUGAACAAGGCUUAA